AUGGGGCGUCUUAACGAAUACCAGGUUAUUGGUAGAGCUCUGCCGAAGGAGGAUGCACCUUCUCCUAAGCUUUAUCGGAUGCGGGUUUUCGCCCCUAACACUGUGGUCGCCAAGUCCCGCUUCUGGUACUUCAUGUCUCAGCUCCGCAAGCUGAAGAAGGCCAACGGCGAGAUCGUUUCCCUGAACGUGAUCACCGAGAAGCGCCCUCUCAAGGUCAAGAACUUCGGUAUCUGGAUCCGCUACGAUUCUCGUUCCGGUACCCACAACAUGUACAAGGAGUUCCGUGAGAUGUCCCGCACUGAGGCCGUCGAGGCUCUCUACCAGGACAUGGCUGCUCGUCACCGUUCCCGUUUCGGCUCCAUCCACAUCCUCAAGGUUGUUGAGAUCACCGACAACGAGACCAUCCGUCGCCCCUACAUCAAGCAGCUCCUGACCAAGGGCCUCAAGUUCCCCCUGCCCCACCGCUCCGCCAACCCCGGCAAGAAGAUCUUCUCCUACUCUCGCCCCUCCACCUUCGCUUAA